GAUUGCAACCAAUGUCACAAAACAAUAUAUGUAUAAAUUUUUUAAUGAGAAGGUGACUUGAACUGUAAACUUUCACCUAAAGCACAAUUAAAAAAAAGAAAAGAAUAGCCAGCUCUGUCAGGCCUGGCCCACACUUCUCCUUUUACCCUUCCGUAACCCAGCCUACAGGAGCCCUUGUGCCAUAAACCAUGGGGGGCCUGAAGGGAGGACCCUACUCAGGCUGCCCCCUUUGUUCCUAAUGCAUAGAUCUGGGAAGGGGCUUCCCACCCCUUCUUCAUCCCUGCCCUCUCCCCGUGCCUGCUUGGGCCUGAGAGGGUGAGGUCAGCCCCCCUGGGUGACCGGGGAGUUUCCCUCCCUGGGGGAACUCAACCAAAAUGGUGUUUAAAGUAGCCACAGAGCCUGCCACUAGUUAAACAUUAAAGGACAUGCUGCCACCUGCUGCCCUUCCCAGGAGUUGGCAUUAGUGUCUAUUUUGGAUUUUUUCCUGCUUUGAAGUUUAACUCAGAUCAACAAGGGUCUUAUGGAGCUUCAUGUGGGUCCCCAGCACUGUCCUGGGGUUAAGGGACAGUAUUUACUGAAUGUCCUCUGUCUUCAGAGGACAGAGGUCAGUUGGGGACAAGGAGAGCUUAUAGAAUUAUAUAAAGCAAGCUUUACCAGCAAAAUUGUUGCUACAGUUUCUAAAACAGUAUCUUCCAAAGCACUGGCCCAUGUGAAAUUAUACUGUAAAGCAUAGAAAUCAAGGAUAAUCCAGCUUGUCCUGGAGGCUCUUUUUACCCACCACUUACUGUGGGCAAAAGGCUACUUGAAAGACUGCUCUAGGAAUAUGGCCUACAGAGGGGCUGUAGAGCUGGAAGAGUCCUCAGGAAUCAUUUACUCCAGCCCUCCUGUGUUAGGCUUGAGGAGGUGGAGGAGGCUGAGGCCAGGGACAUCCAUCUGGCCUCUGUCAAAGUCAGAAGUAGAACGGGGUCUCCAGAAUCCCAGCCAGUGACCAUCCCACUCCAGCAUGCUCUCGCCCAGCAUUGGGCCCUAAAAAGGUCACAAGGAGCUGAGUUGAGUAAGUCUCCCUCCUUCCAUCACUAAAAUUCAGUUGUCUCAUUCAAUAAAUAUCUCAGAAUGUUUCUAACAGAGUAACAUUUUUCUUCUUAUGAUACAGAUAGAUUAGUAUGUGGAGGUGUUGGGGAGGGAGUACUAUACUUUGCAUCUGUAAACUAUAGAAAAAGCCCACCUCUGUCUUGGCCUCUAUCCAACAAUGAGAGUCAUCACGGAUCUUCUUUGUCUUCGUCUUCAUCACGACCAUCACUCUCAUCAUUCUUACAUGCUGAGGAUCAGUAUAUACGUGGAGCUGGACUCAAGUUGUAGGGAUUUUACACAACACAAGAAGGAGUUAAUAUUUUUUAGGUAGUUUAAAAUCCAAAGACACACAGGAUCCCUGAGAUACAUUAGCACGAAAAUAUCUACAACUAAUACAGCAUAUGGACCCCUGGUGGUGCAGCGGUUAAGAGCUUGACUGCUAACUAAAAGGUUGGCAGUUCAAAUCCACCAGCUGCUCCUUGGAAACCCUAUGGGGCAGUUCUACUCUGUCCUGUAGGGUUGCUAUGAGUUGGAAAUGACUCAACAGCAAUGGGUUUUUGUUUUUAAAUAUAGCAUACGUAUGGUUUAUAUAAUGAUAUACACGUAGAUAUAUAGACAUAUAAAUAUAUAUAUGUAUCUGUAUAUGCCAGCCAUUGAUUGCUAUUAGUGGGCAGAAACUAAAUCAUAUCUAUAUAUAGCCAGUGCAAUGCUGGAAUGUAGUAGAUCCUCAAUCAACAUCUGCUUAGUUAAGAUGAAUAUUUAAUGUUUUGGAAAAUAAUUUAUAAGCAACUCCAUUGUUGGGAUUUUCUAAAAUGUCAUUAGUUUUGGGGGAAAUUUCAAUAAUAUCUCUGUCAAGUUUCCCUUCUGUCCUGUGGUUUCUUGUUUUUUCUUGUGACAAACAGAACAAAUGGCCAUUUUGCCCUUUAUCUUUGAAAUUCCCUCAUAUUGUUGGUUCACAUUGUUGAUGGUCAUGAAGUCAAGAUCUUGCUCCCCUCAUACAGAAUCUGUUCCCUCAUAAUAACCAUGAAGUCAUUCUUCCUGGGAUGGAAGUCCUCCUCGGUUAUGGGCGGCUAUCCUGACUUCUCAGACUUAUAUAUUCAAGUGCUCUUUCUUGCUAGUGGUGAGAAGAGGGAGGGAGAAAAGAGGAGCACAUGCCAUGAUGAGAAAUCACCACCCAAUGCAAGCCACCCUCCUAAGAUCAAGGUGAAGAGCUCACCCCUGAUUGAGAAGCUUCAGGCCAAUUUAGCCUUUGAUCCAGUGGCCCUGCUGCCUGGGGCCUCGCCCAAGAGUCCCGGACUCAAAGCCGUGGUGUCACCAUUUCACAGCCCACCUUCCACUCCCAGUAGCCCCAGUGUGUGGUCUCGGUCCAGCGAGCCAGAGGAGGUGCCCGUCAGCUUUGACCAGCCUCCUGAAGGUAGUCAUCUGCCCUGUUACAAUAAGGUGCGGACACGGGGCUCAAUAAAAAGGCGCCCUCCCUCCAGGCAAUUCCGAAGGUCUCAGUCUGAUUGUGGGGACCUUGGAAACUUCAGGGCUGCAGAGUCAUCUCAGGAGAAUGGAGCCAAGGAAGAGAAUGGGGAUGAGGUAUUCACAUCCAAGAGCAAGGCCCCAGGACCCCCUCCAUCCAGUGACAGCGCAGUGGGAAAGGAAGUGAGGAGAAGCCUGGAGUUGGACCAAAAGCCUCCUCUGAGGAGGACAUCCAGCUGGACAGAGAAGCGUGAGGAGAAGGGCGGGUCUGCAGAGGACACCAAGCAAUGGGAGAAGGCUGCAGUGCAUUCAGUAGAGGAGGAGCGCCAGAGCACAGCCCAGGAGGAGGCCACAGAACCACCCCGAGCCUCCAGCCCAAAGGCAGAGAAUGGGUGUGGGAGCCCCACAGAGGAAAUCACGGCUGGAGAGGAAGUGGAGACGGAAGAAUCUACAGAAGUGAAGGAGGAGAAGGCAGGAAAUGAAGAGGAUAAGUCUGAGCAAACGAGCCAAGACACAAAGAAGCAGGAGGAGAGAGCCACUGGGGAGGAGCACCCCCCAAAACCCUCUGGAGAAAUGGAGGGUGGCAACGCCUCAGAGCAGGAAAAAGAUGAGGAAAAGAGAGAGGAGGGGAGUGGCGUUCUUGAGACAAAGUGCCACCCUGAGACUGGCCCUACCCAGUUGGAGACCAGUGGCGAGGCCCUGAGCAGGGGAGCAAUACUCGAGGGAGAGGAUGACACCCCUGUCCGGGACACUAAAAUGUGAAGAAGAGUUUAUUGUGCCCUCAUGAUGAAGCUGCUGGAAGUGGCAGUAACAACAGUUACAUCAGCAAAUGAAGCCAUCACAGAAGCAGAAGAUGCUGAGGGACCGGAGUCAGCCUGAAGACACAUGGUGGAUUGUUUUCUGGCCUCCACCCUGAAUGUUCCCUCACAGACAGAGAUCAGCUCUGAGGGCAGAAGGCUUUUAUAAGCUUGAAUUUGGGUUAGGGUAUCACUUAAUGGACUUGAUUUGAAACAAACAAACAACAACAAAACUUAUUUAAAAUAAUUUACUAUGGUGACAACUCACCAGAGACAUUGGUCAGCAUGUGGGCCCCCAGAUACUGUCCAUGCCCAUCUAUCCCUGCAGCUGACCUCUGAACUGUACUCUGGUUUAGCUUAUCAGAUUUUGCUUUUAUGAAGUUGUAGCCUUUUUAACUGUUCUGGAAUUCUUACAGUUCACAAACUAUAAGUAAAAACUAAUUUCAGGGUGACCAGAAACAAGAGAAAAUAAUAUUGCUGAAAAUACAAAUCUAAGUUACAGAGGACCUUAAAUUGUAUCACGACUCUUGAGACAACCUUCCGGCUUUGUUCAAAUUUCAACUGGCCAAUUGAUCUUUAAAACAUUUGGGCUAGAAGAGAUAAUUGGUGAAACCUUAGAAACUGUAUGUGUCUGUUCCAUCAAUAGGAGAUCUUCCCCAGCCGCAGUUUUCUAGCUGAUGACUACCAUGGGAGGUGACCAUCUCAGCUCACUCCCUUCUACCACCUUUGAAGAGCCUAUGGAGAACUCCCAUGGAGAGGCAGAUAUCAAGCAGUUUCACUGCUCUGCACUGUAUUUCCACAUCCUGGAAGCAUAGCAGUGAACAAUACCUACCCUCUGAUUUAUCCUGUGAGGAUAAAUUUUCUACUUCCAGAAGGUUACUCUUGAGCAUGGGUUAGAUAUUUCCUGGCAGGUGCUUUGAGCACUGUGGUGUGCAAGCAACAUAAUGAUAAACAUUCUUCCUAGCUUCCCUUGGGAGCUUUUCUUGAGUCUAAGCCCAGGAUCUUCUUUUCAACUCAAGAGGAGUGAGUUGGGGUCUUCAGUCUCUUCUCACUGGGAAGCUCCUUACAAUUACGUUUGAAGAGUGCAAGAGAUUUUGCAAGGAACAGUGGGUCCAACUUCCCAUUCCUUGACUUAAAUCUUCUCCCUUCUUCAUGCACUCCUGCUGAAAGAUGUUAAUUCAAAUAAAUGUUUGAUCAUUAGGGUUGGUUCUUAUUUUGAUUUGAGUAUUUCAAUGUCUCAACUUGCUAGUUUGGUCGGUGAAGCAGUUAUUUUUCUGGAGAUCUGUUAGACCAUCCUACCCUGAUUUCAAAGAAGUCUCCCAGAUGAAAAGGCCUUAUGUUACCCCUGGUACCUCAAUUUUCUCAUCUUAUUUACAGUUUUUUCUAACUCUAGGAUAGUGUUAAUAUUGGGGAUAUGUAUUUUUUCAAAAACUAUUUUAAAAUGUAAUUCAUUUUUUAAGACUUGUUACCCAAUGAGACGAAUACUGUCAUAGCUAUAAUAAGUUUGGUUUUUAGCAGAAUUUCAGAUGUGUGUGUCAGUUAUUUUGUGGUCUGUAUAUUAUCUAUCAUAUAUCUGUCUAUCUAUCUAUAUCUGUCUAUCUUUCUUUCAAUAGAGGUGCAUACCCCCUAAAUAAUACAUGGUAUUAUUUAUUUA